GGGGGGACCGGCUAGUUACGCAGCGGCCGUGGGUCUCCACCCGAGAGUAUGGCGGCUGGGAUCGCACUGGAGAGCUGGGGAGAGACGGAGACAUGCCAGCGAUGGUGAACAAGAAACAAAGAGACGCAAGUUCUUUGACGAAGUGUCGAAGUAGUUUCGGCCUGUGCCGUUUUUCUUCGGCGGCCUCCUGCUUCUGAAAUUUGCGCCCGCAGUUCAUUCUAGGGGCAAGCCCAGCGUUUUUCCAGUGUCCUCGAUGGAGCAAGUUUGUUUUUUUUUCUGAUGCAUAGAGGGGGGCGAGCUAAGCAGAUGAAAACCCGCACCAGUCCACAUCAUCGGCCGAUAUUUUCUUCCUCCCUGUGCACAUUUUGGACAUUUGCAGUCCUCGGACGCCCGUGUAGCCGUCGGUGUGUGGCCUGCGUGGGGGAAUUUCUACAAUGAAAUCCGUCUCGGGGCACCGAGUCUUUGUGCUCUGCCAUAGCUGAGCAGCGGCGAGCAAGACUGUAUUAUUGACAACCCGUUCAAAAUGGGACACGGGUGGUGAAUGUGAUUGGUGCGGGAACGUUUUGAGUUCAUUUCAAUGACGCGCGGAGAUUGAUACCUUACGACUUGAUUUAAUCCACGAUGCGCGAGUAUAAAGUGGUGGUCCUGGGCAGCGGCGGGGUCGGGAAAUCCGCCCUCACCGUGCAGUUUGUCACCGGGACGUUCAUUGAGAAGUACGACCCAACCAUAGAGGAUUUUUACCGCAAGGAGAUCGAGGUGGACUCCUCGCCCUCGGUGCUGGAGAUCCUUGACACCGCCGGUACCGAGCAGUUCGCCUCCAUGCGGGACCUUUACAUCAAAAACGGUCAAGGAUUCAUACUGGUCUACAGCCUUGUCAACCAGCAAAGCUUCCAGGACAUAAAGCCGAUGAGGGAUCAGAUCAUAAGAGUGAAAAGGUACGAAAAGGUUCCUGUGAUCCUUGUGGGGAACAAGGUGGACCUGGAGAGCGAGAGGGAGGUAUCGUCCAGCGAAGGCCAGGCCCUGGCCGAGGAGUGGGGCUGCCCAUUCAUGGAGACAUCGGCCAAGAGCAAAACCAUGGUAGACGAACUGUUCGCUGAGAUCGUUCGGCAGAUGGACUACGCCGCCCAGCCAGACAAGGAUGACCCCUGCUGCUCUUCUUGCAAUAUACAAUAGCCCCGGGGGCCUCCAGGAACAGGCCAGGCCAAAAGUCUACUUAGAGGAAGCUACUACGACUUGCAGCAGAAACAUACACACUUGGACACACACAUGCACAUGCCAAUUAAACAGAAGAUAAAUUCAUGGUUGAACGCAAUGGCUGUUAAUUCUAUGGAGCAUACAAUCUGCAGUGACAUGAUUAUUAAUAACGACGUGUGAGUAAUGAAUACAUUUUGAAUGAGGAAUGCCAAGAAUUUGCCACAAGAGAAAUUGACAAAUGACAAAAAGGAACAUCCCCUCGCGUUAUGUUACUCUCUUUUGUUGUUUGUUUUAUCCUCUCAUCAGCAAAGAAUCACAGGUCUGGAUCUCUACUCUUUAGGUUUAUCUGAUAUAAAUGAGUGAAAAAUUA